AUGAGAAAAGAGGAUCAGGAUUCUCAGAGGUUCUUAUGGAGAGGUUUGGACAAGUCCAAGGAACCGGAGGUUUAUCGUUUAACAACGGUGACUUUUGGUCUCACUUCAUCACCAAUCUCAAGUAUACAGACGAUUCUUGACCACGUGAAGACAAAGAAGGAAUCAUAUCCAAAAGCUGUCGCUGAGAUCGAAGACAACAUCUUCGUUGAUGAUGUUCUUACUGGUGAGGAAUUAGUAGAAGACGCGGCAACUUUAACAACUGAUUUGAAGACUGUUUUGUAUGACGGAGGGUUUUCUUUGCGAAAAUUUAUUUCGAACAAGCCAGAGGCGCUAUCUCAUUUAGAAGAGAGAGACUUAGCUUCAUUUCACAAGGUUGCAACAUUUGCCGAGGAAAGCACAAAGACGCUGGGCGUGAAAUACUCACCACGUGAAGAUGUCCUCAUGUUUUCCUUCCUUGAGAGAAUGGACGAUAGGCCGGUGGAGACUCGUCGUUCUGUUCUACAGCAGUUACACAGAGUAUACGAUCCGUUAGGAAUGCUUUCUCCGUUCACCAUAAAGGCAAAACAGAUUUUCCAGAGAACAUGGCUGACACAAGGGACAUGGGACGACCCUUUACCCGAGGAGCUAGAUCAUGAAUGGAGGACUUGGAAGGAACAAGUUGAGAUCCUCGAUGAAAUCAAAGUUCCUCGAUGCCUCAAACCUGAAGAUUUCCAGAAUCCAAUUUACUCCCUCCAUGGUUUUGGCGAUGCGUGCGAAGCUUCCUACGGCAGUGCAAUCUAUCUCUUGGCUGAAGAUAGACCAUCUGGAAGGAAGUAUUCUACACUGCUCUUUUCAAAGACUCGUCUGUCUCCUAUUGGGAAGAGACGUAGCAUUCCUGAGCUGGAACUCAUUGCCGCGCUCAUCAAUGCUAGACUGGUGACAUACGUCAGAAAUUAA